AUGACAUCCGAAAUUCAGACGAAGUUCCUUGUCGUGGGCGCUGGACCUGCUGGGUUAGCGUUGGCGGCCUUCUUAGGCCAACACGGUCUAGAUGGCCUUGUUAUUGCUAAGGCAUCUAGCACUGCCGAUACUCCAAGGGCUCACAGCUUCAACCCUUUCGCUUUCGAAUGUCUUCGCGACAUUGGCAUUGAGGACAAAGCCCUCCAGCAGGCCGUACGUGGCCGCACUCUUCAAUCCAUGCGCUGGUCCCGAACCAUGGUUGGCGAGGAGUAUGGAAAGGUGCUUGCAUGGGGUGAACAUCCGUCCACCGUGACCCAUACAUUUGGCCUCACCCCCUGUGAAUAUGCCGAAUUUUCGCAGUCAGAACUGGAACCGCUUUUAGUCCGAUACGCCUCACACCACAACUUCGACGUACGUUUUUCCACGGAGCUCGUGGCUAUUGAACGUCUCGAAGGCGUUAGCGGACAUACGCAAUAUCUUUGCACAGUCCACGACCUUCUUUUGAACACCACAAUCAAGAUCCAAACCCGCUAUCUUUUCGGUGCAGAUGGUGCGCGGAGCCACAUAGCUCGGUCGCUGAACUUCAGCUUUACCAGCAAGCCCAGCGGAGGUAAAGCUUGUAACAUUCUGCUACGCGCGGACCUAGGUCAUAUAAUGAACAAGGAGCGUCACGCUGCUCUGCACUGGAUCUUGAAGCCCGAUCGCACCACGUUCCCCGGCCUCGUAGCUCACCUACGCAUGGUCGAGCCCUGGAAGAAAUGGGUGAUGGUCGGCUUUGGUGCCAAAGGUACCGACCCAUUCGAAGGACUAACGCCUGAGAGUCCGGAGCUCGUCGACUGUGUGCGUGAGAUUAUUGGGGAUGACUCGGUCGACGUCGAGAUCCUGCGAAUGGACCCGUGGACUGUUCGUCAGAGUGUCGCCGACCACUACUCGUUCGACGACACAGAUGUCUUUUUGCUUGGCGACGCCGCGCAUCGCCAUCCACCCGCGUAUGGCUUGGGCAGCAAUACAUGUGUGCAGGAUGCGUAUAAUCUUGGGUGGAAAAUUGCCUAUGUAUCAAAAGGUUUUGCGGGUCCCGGGCUCCUGAAAUCAUACAGCCAGGAGCGCCAGCCCGUCGGUGCUAUGCUUGUCCACAAUGCUAACCAGGGCCUUCACUCGCAGUUUGGGGUCUGGGAAGCAGUGGGUAUGUUCGCCCCCAGCCGUGAAGAGGGGGCGCAGCAACUCGCCAAGCUCUUUCAAGCUACAGACGAAGGGGCGGCCUCCCGCGAGAAAGUCCGGACCGCUAUGGAGCACGUUGAAGAGGAGCUCCAUAGUUGGGGUGCUGCCUACAACCAGUGGUACGUAUCCACAGCCGUGUAUCUCGAGGACGAAGGCUCUGCUAGGCCCACAUUGCAUGGAAAUCCGAUCACCGAGCCACAAGUCACGACCUACCCAGGAAGCCGACUUCCGCAUGCCUGGUUGGAUGUCGCUACUCGCCAGAAAAUGAUUUCGACUCAUGACCUUGCUGGGAAAGGUGCCUUCUGCCUGCUCUUCGGAAUUGGCGGCGGCGGUUGGAAGGAGGCUGCCAUCAACAUUAGCCGAAUUACGGGAAUUCCCAUCAAUGCUUAUGGGAUUGGCUUCGGCCUUGAUUAUAGCGACGUCCAUCGUGAGUGGUAUGCAAAGCGUGGCGUGGAGGAGAGUGGUUGUGUUUUGGUACGACCUGACAGAUUCGUGGCCUGGAGAUCUCCCAAGGCGGCUGCAGACUGCGAGGCCAAGCUGAUGGACGUCCUCAAUAAGGUAUUGUCAAGAGAGGGGCUUUAA